AUGGAGCUUAACUUUAGACUUAAAAAUUGUUAUGGUAAGAACCAAAAUAAACCUCCCGCUAUUUCCAAACGGGUCAGUAUACACGGAAAUAUAAAUCACCUUGUUGUCCGCCACUUCCUGGUCCUUGUUGUCCUGCUCCUGGUCCAUAGCCUCCAGCGGCUGCUGCUGCGGCGGCUGCACUUGGUCCAUAAGGUCCUUGACCACCAGGUCCUUGUUGUCCACCACUUCCUGGUCCUUGACUUCCAGGUCCUUGUCGUCCAGCUCCUGGUCCAGCGGCUGCUGCUGCGGCGGCUGCACUUGGCCCAUAAGGUCCUUGACCACCAGGUCCUUGUUGUCUACCACUUCCUGGUCCUUGACUUCCAGGUCCUUGUUGUCCUGCUCCUGGUCCAUAUCCUCCUACUGCUGCUGCGGCGGCGGCUGCUCCUGGUCCGUAGGGUCCUUGACCUACUGGACCUUGUUGUCUUGCUCCUCCUGGACCUUGCUGUCCUUGUUGUCCAGCUCCUGGUCCAUAUCCUCCAGCAGCUGCUGCUGCAGCUGCUGCGCCAGGUCCAUAUGGUCCUUGGCUUACUGGUCCUUGUUGGGAUGGUCCUUGUGGUGCUGGCCCUCCUGCACCUUGUGGAGCCGAGCCGUAUGCAGCGGCGGCACUAGCAGAUGCAGAUGCUCCUUGUCCAUAACCUCCUUGGCCAGAGCCUCCUCCUCCUCCAGAACCUCCUCCGGCAGCUGCAGCUGAACCUGAAAUUUCAUUUGAUGAUGCCUGAGCAAUCAUAUAAAUUAGGCUUUUGAUUUCGCUGACAAACUGUUGGUUUACAAAGCCAGUUGUUUCCAAAAAGGCUGAAGCGAGGGCAUUUGCGAUGGCAUUAGUUUUUGCUUCUAAACUUAGACCUCCUUGCUCUGCUACAGCAAUCUCGGCCAUGGAAGAAGCAAACGCCAUGUUUAAUGCCUGAAGCUUCGAUUUGGAACUUUUUCGGCUUUGGGCCAUUUUUUCAAUUGCAGUCUUCAAGGUGUCUCCAAUGGAAGACAUGUCAUCCAGUUGGUUGGGGGAGAAAGCGCCACUUUGUGCAAUGAAUCUCAGAAAACUGUUGAUGAAGUCCUCUGCCAGUUGCGAGUUCUCCCAUGGUGUUGCAGCUUGUCCAA